GUGAUCCCAGGAAGGCAGACGCUCAACGAUCGUGUUCCUAUACGGAGCCAUUUAAACUACGAACUCAAAACCGACUUCAGCUUCCUGUCCUCCAUUGUGGCUCAGCGGUCACCUGGUCCACCUGAGGGCUGAUAUACGCGGGGCGCAGCUCAUAGCUAACAGCCAGCCGCCGCAAUGCUCGCUCGCCUGUUAGCGUCGCUCAUCAGCAACCUUCACGUCGUUGAGAAGUUGGCGGAGUCUCGUCCGAUUCGCAGGGCGGCCCAGAUCACAGCCUACGCCAUCACCAAGGCUCAGAUAGCCGGACGGGAUGCCUCGGAGCGGGUUCUGCGCUCCCAGACGCUGCGGCAGGUGCGGGACGAGGCCGGGAAAGUCCCCGGGGACCUGGGGGAGAUGAGCGGCCGCCUCAGGAGAGUCCGAGACACGUUUGUGAAUGAGGUGAAGGAAGGGUGGAAGGACGGCUCCAGGCAGAUCAAGAAAUAAGGAGGACGUGACUGGAACGCUGCUGUUUGAACUAAAGGAGAAGUGUUAGAGGACUGUCUUAGCAACACACAGAGACGGCGUGCAUAUUAACAGCCACCAUCAAUGUGGGCUCAUGUGGCUGGCAAUGAUGUCUGUACUCACCUGGAAUCCGUGGAGAUGGUUUAUAAUAAACUGUGGUUAGAGAAAUAAAUGUCUUUUCAGAUUUCUGAGAACACAAAGGGAACUUGAAGUGUGUUUUUCAUCUCCCUGAAACCUCUGGAAAAAUGGGGACUGUGAUGGUAAUUUGAUGUGGACACAUUUAAGAUAAGUUAAGUAAAAACGCCUUGUAUGUGAACACUCUUCAGACCGCCUUGUUCACAUUAAUCCAUUGUACAAAACAGCUCACUCUUCCUCCACCUGUAAUCUACCUGCAACACAUCCUGCCAAUGAGCAUUUAUGGCUCGGUGUUUGUAGUGUAAAAAAAAUGCUCAUAUACAGUGAGGUGUGUGUGUGUGUGUGUGUGUGUGUGUGUGUGUGUGUG